AUGGCGGAGCAACAUAUCAAGCGGAAGGCCGCGUCCACCAGCCGAAGUAAGCCCACAUGGACGACACCGGCUGCCAAGACCGUAGAUAAGGGCAAGGCGAUUGAGAUAGAAAGCCGGUACAAGAAGAAUCAGUCCGAACAGUCCAGAACAAACCAGCCGGACCAAGGUAAAACACAGGCCCAAAACUUAAGAACUCGUGACAUUAUUUGUUAUAAGUGUCAGGGCAAAGGACAUUAUGCUAGAGACUGUCCAAACAAGCGAGUGAUGAUCCUUAAGGCCGAUGGAGAGUAUGAGUCUCAAGACGAGGCCGAGGUAGGAGCUGUUGUGUCCGAUGAAGAGGUGACUGACUAUCCAGAGACUGGCGAGUUACUUGUGACCAGGAGAGCCCUUAGUGCCCUCUUUGAUCCCGAGACUAUCCAGAGAGAGAACAUCUUUCACACAAGAUGCAGCGUGGAACAAAAGGUAUGCAGCCUUAUAAUAGAUGGUGGUUCUUGUACUAACAUGGCCAGCAAGUAUCUUGUUGAUAAGCUAGGUCUAAUCAAGACUCCACACCCGCGGCCAUACCGCCUUAAAUGGCUCAAUGAUGAAACCGAGCUUAAGAUAGCUGAGCAAGUGGUGGUAUCCCUCAGCAUUGGCAAGUACCAUGAUGAGGUCAAGUGUGACGCUGUUCCAAUGCAAGCCGGCCACUUACCCCUAGGCAGGCCGUGGCAGUUUGACAAAGAGACCAUUCACCAUGGUCGGACCAAUGUGUACAGAUUCAGCCACAACAACAAGAAGCACAAUCUCACGCCCCUUAGUCCGCAAGAGGUACAUGAAAUGCAAAAGGCUAUGGAUCAGGCCAGUAAGGUGCUACUAAUGGUCUUCAAAGAAGGUUGUUUUGUAGGUUUGGAAGUCCAAGAGCUCCCACCUGAGGUGCAGAACCUCAUGGAUAGGUACAAGGAGAUUGAUCUCGUGCCCGGUGCUCCGCUACCAAACCGAGCCGCUUACCGAGUCAGCCCUGAGGAGGCCAAGGAGUUGGAAAAGCAAGUCCAAGACCUCAUGGACAAAGGAUAUAUCCGGGAGAGCCUAAGCCCGUGUGCCGUUCCAGUCCUGCUAGUUCCCAAGAAAGAUGGAACUUGGCCGAUGUGUGUCGAUUGCCGAGCCAUCAACAACAUCACCAUCAAAUAUUGGUACCCUAUACCUAGAUUAGAUGAUAUCUUGGAUGAACUAAGUGGGUCUACUGUGUUUUCAAAGGUUGAUCUCAGGAGUGGAUACCAUCAAGUUUGCAAGAAGGAAGGGGACGAGUGGAAGACUGCUUUCAAGACCAAGCAAGGUCUGUACGAGUGGCUUGUGAUGCCGUUUGGCCUCACCAAUGCGCCAAGUACCUUCAUGAGACUCAUGAACCAGGUCCUAAGGCCAUACAUCAGUAAGUUUGUAGUGGUCUACUUUGAUGACAUCUUGAUCUACAGUCAGUGUCUAACCGAUCAUGUUGGACAUCUAGAACAGAGACUAAAGGUUGACGAAGAGAAGAUCAAGGCGAUCCAGGAGUGGCCUACCCCGUCCACCAUUGGCCAUGUCUGA